GAAGACGAGCGCAAGUGGAGGAAGAAUGUUCCUGUCACUCCCUACGAUGACCGUGCUCGUCCCACUCUUGUCUUUGGCGGGUCUGUUUUACUCGGCCAGCGUGGACGAAAACUUUCCCCAGGGCUGCACUAGCACAAGCAGCUUAUGUUUCUACAGCCUGCUCCUUCCGGUUACCAUCCCAGUUUAUGUGUUCUUCCACCUUUGGACCUGGAUGGGCCUUAAACUCUUCCGCCACAACUAGGUUAGGCUCGGAAGUGCGUCGG